AUGGUGGAGUGCAAUGAACCUCCCCUUGAUAUCAAUGUUUCAUUGUCCGCCGACUCUCCCCCUUUCAAUUUUCUCUCCUUCUUGGAUCCUUUUCAGGAUUCUCUGUCGCUUGCAAACCCCUUGGGCUCUGAUGUCGAUACCGAUACUGCUAGACAUUUGCCGUUGGUUCCAGAAAAGCCAGAUACCGAUGCAUCUAGGCUGAGCUUCUCUCAGCUAUUGGAGGAUGAAAACGAUGACAUUGAGGAGAUCAUCCGGAAAUCAGAUCCAACACUGGGACCUUGGAAUUUCGCCCUAACCGAGGGAGAUUCUUUCCAUAUUGACCCCCCAAGCAUGUCAGACAACCCAUCUCUACCCCCGGAAAGUCCGGAAAUGCUCGUGAUGCGGUUUGAUAAACUCACAUGUGGGAUUUUAUCUAUCAAAGAUGGUUCAUUAGAGAAUCCGUGGCGAACACUCAUUUGGCCGUUAGCAAAAGACGCGCCUGCACUUCGCCAUGCUAUCUUUGCUCUGACAGCGUUCCAUUCGGUAAAGCAAAGCCCGCACCUUCGGAUCCAAGGAGUCAAACAUAUGCGCCAGAGCAUAAGUGGUCUAGUUGGACAAAUUCAGAAUAUGAGGGCGGAUACUGCGCUGGCGACUAGUUUGGCUUUGGCAUUUGCCGAUACCUGGGACCAAAACACCCGCACAUGCAUUCAACAUUUGCGAGGCGCAAAAACAUUGAUGUGUCAGGUAAUCGCGGCCGGGAUGCAACGAGGUGUUAGUGACGAGGAGUUGGAUCGUAUCCGGUUCCUCUACAACACAUGGUCCUAUAUGGAUGUGAUCGCACGACUGACUUCUUUGGAUGAGUGUGGUCCUCAAAACUGGGAUUCUUCGGUUUUCGAGCUUCCAAGUGACACAGUCCAUGAUAUUGAUCCGUUGAUGGGUUGUGCAACGACUCUAUACCCUCUUAUAAGCCGGGUUGCGAAGCUGAUCCAGCAUGUGCGGAAGAGCACGUCGAACACGGUGUCGGUUGUGGCCCAAGCUAUGGAACUCAAAGCUCUCGUCGAGCAAUGGGAGCCACCGCAAUGGUUUGAGCCACCAGAUGACCCCAACUCCGAGGUUCAGCAUAGUAUUCAAGUUGCACAUGCCUAUCGCUGGGCGACAUUGCUAUACCUGCAUCAGGCCGUUCCAGAGAUACCCUCCGAGCCGGCCGAUGAAUUAGCAAAGAGGGUCCUGAUCUUGCUUGCCACUGUUCCCUACACUUCCAGGACUACUAUCAUACAAAUGUUCCCUCUCCUAGCGGCUGGGUCUGAGGUUGACACUGAAGAUGACCGAAAAUGGGUCUUGGAUCGAUGGACCACAAUUCAGUCUCGAUUAAUGCUAGGUGGUGUUGAUCGCUGUUUGGAGGUGUUGAAGGAAGUCUGGGAACGUCGCGACGCAAUGAAUGCCAGAAGAGCGCGUGAAAUGGCCAGUUCGCGACGUGGCGAGUCUUUCUCAUCUGGAGAUAGGGAGAAAAUGAGCUCGUCAUUGCCAACCGAUUUCCGCAAAUACAGUCUCAAUGGUUCCCACAAGGGGCCAACUGGAAGGCCAGGACAACCUACAUCGAGGUCUGCGCGACGGGGUUCCGCACUCGCCCCGCUUGAAAACAUUGAAUUUGAAAGAACUGUGCGUGGCAGAUUGCAUUGGGUGAAUGUUAUGGCUGAAUGGGGAUGGGAAGGUGGGUUUGACAACUUUCAAACUAUUUCCUCCAAAAGCUAA